GCAGCAGCCUCCUGGAGCGGAUCCUCACCGGAGGCUCAACAGUUCAGCUGUGCGCGCGCGGCGAGGAGGACCGAGGCUGCGCUCGAGGAUGUGAAGACUGACCCCGCGUCGCAAGCGUCGCCCCGGCUGCCCGCCCUCCGAGUCUCCCCCCCGGGAGCUGCCAGUCGUAGUAAAUGCACUUUGCUACGCUCGCGAUUUCGUUAUUUUUUUUUGUUUGUAAUUGUGAGCGAUCGCUAUGGCAGUGCGGUUCACAUCCGGGCCACAAUGCCGUGACUCCAUUAUUGUCUAAAACUGGCGGAGAGCUUGAUAAACCUUAUUUUUUUUACUGCUAGCCACACAUUUUUAUUACGAGUGGUGGAGGCUGGAACCGGGAGGAGAUGUCUAACCAAGGAGCCCGGCGGAACGGCCCUGUGAAGCUGCGACUAACAGUCCUGUGUGCCAAAAACCUGGUGAAGAAGGACUUCUUCCGCCUCCCUGAUCCUUUUGCCAAAGUGGUUGUGGACGGCUCGGGGCAAUGCCACUCCACAGACACUGUGAGGAACACACUCGACCCCAAGUGGAAUCAACACUACGACCUAUACAUAGGAAAAUCUGACUCCAUCACCAUCAGCGUGUGGAAUCACAAGAAGAUUCACAAGAAGCAAGGAGCCGGGUUCCUGGGCUGCGUCCGCCUCCUGUCCAACGCAAUCAACCGCCUUAAAGACACCGGCUGUAAGUACCAGAGACUGGACUUGAACAAGCUGAGUCCCAAUGACAGUGACACAGUCAGAGGCCAGAUAGUGGUGAGCCUGCAGUCCAGGGACCGGAUAGGCUCCGGAGGCCCUGUGGUCGACUGCAGUCGGCUGUUUGACAACGAUCUCCCCGAUGGCUGGGAGGAGAGGAGGACGGCGUCCGGGCGGAUCCAGUACUUGAACCACAUCACACGCACCACACAGUGGGAGAGGCCUACCAGGCCGGCGUCAGAGUACUCUAGCCCCGGCCGGCCGCUCAGCUGCAUCGUGGACGAGAACACGCCCGUCAGCACCAACGGGGCCACGCCCACCGCAGUACCGCCGCCCAUCAACGGUGAGCAGCGGGUCCCAGAGAGACGGGUCCGCUCCCAGAGACACCGCAACUACAUGAGCAGAACCCACCUGCACACGCCCCCGGACCUGCCGGAGGGAUAUGAGCAGAGGACCACGCAGCAAGGCCAAGUGUACUUCCUCCACACUCAGACGGGUGUCAGCACGUGGCAUGACCCCAGAGUGCCACGAGAUCUGAGUAAUGUGAACUGUGAGGAACUGGGUCCUCUGCCUCCUGGGUGGGAGAUACGGAACACUGCCACCGGGAGGGUCUACUUUGUCGACCACAACAACCGAACCACGCAGUUCACAGACCCGCGCCUCUCCGCCAACCUGCAUCUAGUCCUAAAUCCAAGUCCAAGCCCCAACGGUUCUCGCGGGGGGAUCGAAAAUCAGAAUGUCAGUCGUCAGAACCAGGUGAAGGAUCAGGCCCAGCAGGCUCUGGUGUCCCCCGGUCAUCUUCCAGAGGAGGCCGAGUGCCUCACAGUGCCCAAGUACAAGAGGGACCUUGUUCAGAAGCUCAAGAUCCUCCGCCAGGAACUGUCCCAGCAGCAGCCUCAGGCGGGCCACUGCCGCAUCGAGGUGUCCCGCGAGGAGAUCUUUGAGGAGUCGUAUCGCCAGGUGAUGAAGAUGAGGCCGAAGGACCUGUGGAAAAGGCUCAUGGUGAAGUUCAGAGGGGAGGAGGGGCUCGAUUACGGAGGAGUGGCCAGGGAGUGGCUCUAUCUACUGUCGCACGAGAUGCUGAACCCGUACUACGGCCUGUUCCAGUACUCCCGCGACGACAUCUACACGCUGCAGAUAAACCCAGACUCCGCCGUCAACCCCGAGCACUUGUCCUACUUUCACUUUGUUGGCCGUAUCAUGGGGAUGGCGGUGUUCCACGGCCACUACAUCGACGGAGGCUUUACUCUUCCCUUCUACAAACAGCUGCUGGGUAAACCCAUCACUUUGGACGACAUGGAGUCCGUUGACCCUGACCUCCACAACAGCCUCGUGUGGAUCCUCGACAAUGACAUCACAGGUGUGCUGGACCACACCUUCUGCGUGGAGCACAACGCCUACGGAGAGAUCAUCCAGCAUGAGCUCAAGCCCAACGGUAAGAGCAUCCCCGUCAGCCAGGACACCAAGAAAGAGUACGUGCGGCUCUACGUCAACUGGCGCUUCCUGCGAGGCAUCGAGGCCCAAUUCCUGGCUCUGCAGAAGGGCUUCAAUGAGGUCAUCCCCCAACACCUGCUAAAGGCUUUCGAUGAGAAGGAGCUCGAGCUGAUCGUAUGUGGCCUGGGUAAAAUCGACAUCCACGACUGGAAGUCCAACACGCGCCUCAAGCACUGCACGGCAGAGAGCAACAUCGUCAAAUGGUUCUGGAAAGCCGUGGAGUCCUUCGACGAGGAGCGCAGAGCCCGCCUGCUGCAGUUCGUCACCGGCUCCUCCAGAGUUCCCCUGCAGGGCUUCAAGGCGCUCCAAGGUGCUGCUGGCCCCCGGCUCUUUACCAUCCACCAGAUCGAUGCCAGCCCCAACAACUUGCCCAAAGCCCACACCUGUUUUAACCGAAUUGACAUUCCUCCCUACGAGCACUACGACAAACUGUACGACAAGUUGCUCACUGCCAUCGAGGAGACGUGCGGCUUCGCUGUAGAGUGAGUCCCCGACGCGCCCAGCAACGACCAGAAGCAACGCAGAAGCUCCGCCCCCCCCCCCCAACACCAACACCACCACCACCACCAACCCCGGAGAUCUGACGGGGGUUCUUUCACGGUAGCCUCACCCAGGGUCGCCCCCGGGGACGUGUAGCCGAGCUACGGGGGGGGGGGGACGCGGACCAGACAGUGUCAUCGGACUGUUUUCCUUCUAGAGCCUCCAGCUCUCCUCCACGUCUGUUUUUUAUUAUUGAAAAGGAUCUCUUCAGCUGCUAAUAACUAUUUACUAACCCGUGGAACCUGCAAAGUCGCUGGCUCUUCCCUUUUUUAUACCCGAGGUUCACUUAAACACUAAAAAAAAUAAAAAAUUACAAAAACUAGACUGUACCCCAUGUAGCAACGCUCCGUCCCCCCCAAGACGAACACAAGGACGGUCCACUCUGAAACGACAUGAGGACACGAGGCCGCUCCGUCCGCCGGAGCGCCGGGUCAUCAGGGGCUCCCACGACCACUUGAGAACACUCCACCUGGAAUGCGCGUGCUGUCCGCUGCCUCGCCGGGCGCCACCGACGGGAGCACGCCGUUCCCACCGACACGUUUCACGCGUUUGACAGUUGGCUUUGUUUGAAAAUGUAUGAAUACAUGAAUGAAUCGCUUGAAAUGUGUUAUUUUUAUAUAACAUGGGGGGGGGAAAUAAACAAUACAAUUCUAUAUAAUAUAUAUAAUUUAUUGCUGUGAUAUUCCCCGAUCCAGUGUUUCAGAAAAAAACAAGUGUUGCCGGUUACAUUUUAGAAGACAAUUUGUGAAAGCAAAGUAUGCGUGACUGAUUUCUACACACACACACACACACACUGCAAAGAAAGAUGUGUCUUAAAGGGCAAAACGAUCUUUGACACACAAAGUCCUUUGAGUGCUUAAAUCAUUUCAGAAUGAAGGAAUCUUUUAAAUUCUACUGAUUUCAUUCUGGAGCUGCGCCGAUGUUUCCCCUUUUUGUAACACUGUCAUUUGUAGCUGGGCUAUAUUAACGUCACUAGCGUGACACCUCCCACCUUUUUCUAAUGGCAUUCUGUUUCAGAAGUCCAAAGCUCCAUCGUCAUCCAUUUCAUGCCGCCUCCACUUUGUUGUUGAAUAAAAGGAAAACCUCUACUACCUUCUAGCCAUGUGGUGCUAAACAGCAUUAACGCUCGUCUGAUAUUGGCAACCUCACUCAUUGACUUACUACUGCUUAAAGUGCACACUACACUGCUCACUCCUGAUUGUGGCCACGAACCACGUUCUCAGGAGACGUCACAAUGACCGACGAAGAACGCAUUCUGACCAUUUGUCUUUCCUGAAUGUUAAAGUGUGGUCGUUUUUUCAAUAGUUUCGCCCAGCAGCUGACCACAAACAUUCGGUAACGGUUGUUUAGGUUGGAAGGGCACCGAAUGAGACGACUCACCCCCAACCCAGCCAGAGGGGGAUUGUUUUCUACGAUAAUAAUUCUUGAAUGUUGCCUCUCCAGCAAUCUAUCAAUCUCCAUGACCGUGGACUGUUCUUAAACAUUUAUCUUUUUUCUUUUCUUCUUUUCUACGUUGACAAGUGCAUGCGAGGGAAAGUGUCCUGAGAUGGUGCUUUGUACAGUAACAAGAUGUGGGUCAGACAACCUGUAAUUAAUCUCUAACUUAAGUGGGAAAAGAGGAAAUGCACACAAGCAGUACGAGUCUGAGCAGACAUUCAUUGGACCCGGUGAGCCCGCUGACGCUCUACUGUCCGUUUCUACACUUCGCCGCUCAGCAUCGCCCCGUAGCUGCCUCUCACGCAACAGCGCGUUACUACGUAAGUGAGUGCAGAGACGCUGCUCUGUUUUUAUCGCAUGAUCCACUAGCAGGACUAUAUCGCUCAUAGCUUACUGAUGCAAUUUGAUGUAUGUUAACACUAUCAUUUUGUAAGAGUAUUUUAUUUUUGUGUGUAAUUAGUUCUAAAUAAACUUGCCUUUGUCUAACAAUGUGA